GCCACGCUCCCGAAGGCAGUUUUCAUUUUCCUCUUCUCGAGAACGCCAGACACAGUUUCAAUCGGAUGAUGAAGUAUCGAUGAUAGUGUUAUCAGUAGACCUCGUGUGUUAUGAAUUAUCUAAAGUGAAGGAAGCUCUUCAUCCUGUUGUCAGCUGAAUCCGCAGAAUCUUAUCAAUAGCUCCUCAAAGUUCUUGUGACACACUGCUGCGAUACCAGACAAUCAAACUUGAAGUUACAAUCUUCAAGUCUUUGUGGAACUAUUCCCUCUAGACAGCGAAGAAAAUCUGAUCAACUGGCUCUUCAGAUAUGUAUCAGUGAUAUCUGCAACUUUUUGUGAUAACCUGAUUCAAUGUCAUAUUACUUGGCAUUCCAUGAUUAACUAGUGAUUUUCGAGACAUAUAUUAGUGAAUUCUUGGAACAAAAGUGACAAUUCUGCUCCAAUACUAAACAGAGCAACAAUCUAGUGUACACCUACUAGUUUAGAUUUAGUGGCUACCCAGUUAAAAACUUGUACUUACUUAGGUCAAGUGUCUCGCCACCUACGUAUCACUGAUUUCUCGAAACCCUAGUGAUAAUACUAGACAACAAGGCAGCAGUAUAUAGACAGUUGUCGAGGACAAGUGAUUCUCCAGUCACUAUAUUGAACUUACCUGGAUCAAGUGAUACCCUAGAUACAAGCUCCUGUGGUAACCUGGUUCAACGUCAGACAAACUCGCAUCAAUCUCCAGGAACUUGUCUAAGCCGAGUGAUUCUGUAGUUAAAUCUUACUUACCUUGGUGAAUUUUCUGUCCAAAUAUAUGUCAGUCACUCGCUCAGCCGCACAAGAGUGUCUACAAGUAGUUACCAAGCUACAACCUCUAAACUACUACUCCUGUACGUCGUAGAAAACCUGGCUGGAUCAAGCGUUAUUCCAGAUAUACGUGAGUCAGCUCUUCAACUUCUUGAGACAAUAUUUUUCCAAUACCAAAAAACGUGGCAAGUGACUCUACAUUUGAAACCUUAAACUUCUUGUGAAUCUGCUUUGCAUACACGUCAUAGAGAACCUCGUACUUGACUAGGUCAAGCUGAUCUUCAGUUUCUUAUCAGUGACAUUAUGACCUAGACAAUCUGGCAUUUAUCUACUUUACUUCUUCAAGUCAAGUGGAUCUCCAGUUAUAUAUCAGUGAUUCCUUAAGCUUGUACUUCCGUACAGGAUAUACCGCUUAUCUUCAUACCUGCCGAGGUCUCCUGACUCUCCUGUUUAGCAGUGAUCCUUUAGAGUUUCAAAGCUGAUUUUUCUUUACAACAUUCAGAACCUAUCACAAAUAUGUCUUUUGAAAGCACAACAAUGAACUGACCUAUUGAUCCAUCGGUAUCACAAAAAAGAAAUCUCCCUCUUCUUCAAAAAAUCUUGUCAGAAGACCCUUGAAACCAAGAAUGUCUUCUCCGAAGCCCAUGAGCCAAGAGCACAUCAAGAGGCCAAUGAACGCGUUCAUGGUUUGGUCCAGGGGCCAAAGAAGGAAAAUGGCCCAGGAGAAUCCGAAGAUGCACAAUUCGGAGAUUUCUAAGCGGCUUGGUGCUGAGUGGAAGCUGUUGAGUGAGACUGAGAAGAGGCCAUUCAUAGAUGAGGCUAAAAGAUUAAGGGCCCUGCACAUGAAGGAGCACCCCGACUACAAAUACCGCCCGCGUCGAAAACCGAAACCCCUUCUCAAAAAGGAACCCAAAUUCGGCUUCUCGAUGUCCCCCCUACUCUCCCCCACGCACAUGGACGGACACAACCUCCCUCGCCCCAUGAUGCCUCCCAUUUCAACCGCCUCUAGCCUCCCGCACAUCCUGAAUCAAGACCACGAGCAUUUGAAACUACCGCGCUCGUUGUUUCCCCCCCUCCCGUAUUUGUACAACCCCUUCAGGCAUGCUGACGAGUCCAAAUUUGCUGCUGAGCUGGCGUUAUUGUACAGUAACAGUCACCUGUAUCCACCUGGGAUCAACUGGCCCCUAGGGGGGAUUAGUGCCAAUAUGCCGUGCAAUAUUUGCCCACCUACAUUCCCGAGGAGGUCUCCUAGUCCGGAAGCUAUCAAAAGGCCGGUCUGCGUAAUAAUGAAAAACGACGAAUUCCGGAACGAACCCCUUCCUGCACACGUCAUAUGAAAACCACUUCCGGUUCUGCCAGAAAGGCUGAACCUGGGGACUUGGUUUAGUGACAUCGCCAAUUUGGCAACGUCGAGCAGUUCAAGCAGCGUUGCCACAUGUUCUUCCGAACACAAAAGUGGUCAGAAUACAGACCAGGACAGUCCGUGUGAUAUGAGUGAUAAGAAUGCAAUUUUUCGUAACCGCGAUUAAGUUAAAAAAUGACAUCGCCGAGCUGCUCAGAGAGUGUUGCAACAUGUCUUUGAAACAUUAGGGUGGUCAGAAUUCUGUUGAAAACAGUCAUUACGAUACGGCAGACUUAAGGGCGAUUAAGGUUAAAAUGCUGCUAAGCCUGAAAUAUCACACAUAAAUGCAAUGAUAUCGCAGACUAAUAUUGAAAAUAGACUAGCAAAAACAUGUUUUACAUUUUUUUAUCUUAAUGUAUCAAAUCAACAUCGAAAAUGUAUUAUGAAAUGUACAUGAUAACACUUUACGUACCGUACUUUCCAAUUUUAUCAGAUAUUUUCCAUCCAUGUCACAUGUCUCGGUUAAGACUAAAAACAUAUAUUGUACAAAUAGUUUGCAGAUAAUAAAUAGGUUAUCGAGAAAAAUUGUAAAACUAUUCUAGUAUACAGUAUAUAAUUCAAUAAUAUGUAAAAAUGUGAAUGAAUGUUAUAGCUAUGACCCGUCGUAAUAUGAAAAGUGAACAAUCUUUAGCUAAAAUCAUGCUUUUAGCAGUGAUCUUGUAUUAUAACAACUAUAAUACUAAUAUAGUUAAAAGUUAAGAAAAUAGAAAUUGUAGAAAUUGUAAAUAGGUAGUAUCAAUGGAGAAGAAUAAAACGAAAUGAAAAUGGGCUAAUCUUUUUUUUUUGAUUGGGCUAGUGCAAUGAUAUUCUAGCACAUUGUGAUUUUCCAUGUUGACAGGACUUUUACUUUUACCUUUAACGUUUAGUAUUUAUUGUUUUAUAUUCGUCAUGAAUUAUUGUUACCAUGAAUUUUUCUUUGUUUAGUGAUACUUUUGUUGGGUUGAGUAUGUACAAAGCUGUUGAAUAA